GGCUCCAAUUUCUGUCUGCGCGCGAAAAAGUUUUGUGUACUCUGGAUCAGCUGCUGCCUAGCUAGCCUGCAGCUAGCUGCUAAACAAAUCGUAGCAUCCUGUGGAAGAGUACAACGAAACAAUCAGUCUUGCUUGCUUUCUCGUGUUUUAAAGCACAUCGAAAAAAUGGGUUUGACAGCUCGUAAUAUCAUCACAUACAUCAUUCUUGCUGUAAUUAUUGACCAAAUGGCCCGAAUUAUAUAUAUGAUGGGAUUUCACAAGACUGUAUUUACACAUCACCCUGGAAAGUGUAGAGCUCUUCCAGGCAUUGUGAAUGGUUCUGAGGAUAUUGUGACUUCAUCUAAUGGACUUGCAUUUAUAUCAUCUGGUCUCCUGAUGUUAGUUGAACCAAACCAAGGAACAUUGGGUAAAGUCUUUCUCUUUGACUUCAAUUAUCCUGAUGAUGAUCCUCAAGACAUUCAGAUCAUUGGUCUCGAUCCUGCAGAAUGGGUGCCUGUUGGAAUGGAUAUCUGGGAGAGCGGACCAAAAGAUAAUCCCAUACUGACCCUGUAUAUUAUCAAUCGGCACCCCGAUAGAAUUGGGAUUGAGGUGUUUGACUUUUCAUACCAGAAGAAGAUACCUACCUUAACACAUCAGAGAAGAAUACACCACAAGAAUAUUUGGAGUCCUAAUAAUCUUGUUCUGGUGGACCAAAAUCGCCUCUAUGCUUCAAAUGACAGAUAUCUUCCAGAAUCUCUCAACAUUCUUGAGAUCUUUUUUCGACUGAGAUUAGGUACUGUGGCCUACUAUGAUGGAGAAGAUGCUAGGAUUGUUGCACAAGGAGUAAUAUUUGCAAAUGGUGUUAACAUCUCACCAGAUAAAAAGUUAUUGUACGUAGCUGCAUGUAUGGGCGAGGAAAUAAUAAUCUACAGAGUCCAAAGUGAUGGAAAUCUGGAACAAGAAAAGACAAUUCCCCUGGGUACUGUUCCUGAUAACAUCAAUAUUGAUCCAGAUGAUGGAUCUCUUUGGAUCGGCAGCAGUUUUGUAAUGUACCACUUCUUCAAUCGAGUGGGAAAACUAGGUGGGGUUGGUCAGGUUUUGAAUAUCAAGCUUGAUAAGGAGUUAAAUCCUACCAUCAGAGAGGUCUUUUCAGAUAAUACAGGACUGAUAAAGUUAAGCAGUGUUGCUAGUCGCUAUGGAAACGGCUUGCUCAUCGGGACUGUGGUCGACAAGGCUGCCUAUUGUGAAGGAAUAACAUUCUGAUCAUGUUGAGUGCAAAUUGAACAGUUUUUAUACCUCUUAUCCAAUAAUGAUAGUAAAAUUAUUAUUGAUCUGAAAUUGAUUAAGUAUUAUGAUGAUUUUGCAAAGAGUAUAUAUUCCAACAUGAAUGAUAGAGGGGAAGACCAGGGUUAAGAUAUAAAUGGAGCAAAAGGAACUAAAGGUAUGGAAGGAAGCAGUGCAUGAUUGGAAGGAGUAGAGAUAACAAGAGAGUACUGUAUUUCCCAAAUGAGGCAUAUAUGUGUAACUGCCAACAUGACCCCUGUCUUUUCCAGCAUGGGUUUCCAUAGUGAUUCAUGCAUUGUUUGGACAUAGAGGACUCCCAUAAGUUUUACAUACUGAAUCUGUGUGAAUUCACUGAGCCAGAAAAAAUUAGUAUUUUUUAACCUCAUUGGACUUUUGUAUGUAAGGUAUUCAUCUUAAUGAGGAAAUAACUUCACAGCUUGUUGGUAUUGCGCGUGUCUUUUGCCGAUAACUCUAUGGAAUCAGGAGACUGCAACAAAUAAAGAAAAAUGAAUUUAGGUUUAACAUUCUUAGAAUCAUAUUUCUGAUUGAUAAAAUAUAUGGUUAAUAAUCUAAGUACAAGUCUGAAAUUGAACUACCUCUUAAUGAUUAAAAUUACAUUUAUUGAUAUCUUGGGCAGUAAUGGCAGUCAUUCGAUACAUAUUAAUGAACAUGUAUGUUCUGUGAAGUUAUGACUUGUUAAAUCGCUGUCUUAUCACAAUAUAAAUUCUGUAUUCAAGUUUUGUUAAAGGCAAUCAAAAUACCUAAAACCUGGCAUUCCGUGAAUUCACUGGUAUAUGGAGGGUUUCAUUAGCCCUUACAAUUUUAUUUUAAAAGAGAAGUUGAGCUUUAUAAUGCCCUUGUACAUUUGACAUUAAAAAAAAUAUCAUCAGCCCAAAAGUGGUCGGAAUAUCAUUCCCCCAAAGAAUAAUGAUGAUGAUGAUGACAGACAACUAUAUUUUUCCCAGUUUAUUUGCUAGAAGAUGAAUGUGGAUCCCUAAAUUUUAUGCUUAUUAUUUAAUUAAAUGGAAUUUAAUUUAUUGUCCAAUUAAAUGGAGAUUUGGUGCUCGUUGGUUAUCAACAAAUUUACAAAUAUUAAAAUAAAUGAGAUAUAUCCAUUAAUAAGAGCAAAAUGGCAUUAUUAUAGAUUGAAAGAGGUUGGUUUGAGACUAAAAUUAUCAAAGAUGAGUGCUUGCUUGACUCCAACAUCAGUGCUUGCCAUGAAAACAUAAUCAGUACAUAUGAAUAUGUUGUUUCCACCGCACUGGAUGCUUGUAUUCAAGUUCUUUUCACUGUACAAAGAAAAUGGUUCCUGUUUUUUCAUUCAUUACAAAAAUGUUGGAAAGACAAUAGCUGUGAAGAGUCUAAUCAUUGGCAUACUUUUGGAAAACUGUAUAUACAUGUAAGCUUAAAACAUUUCAAAAGUUUUACUGAUGUAAUUGAUUUACCAGUGACCCGAUAGCCUUAGGGCAACUCCAUAGGUUGGUGGACAUGAGCUCAAUGUGUCUUUGUACUGUAUAGCCCAUCUGAACCGUAACGUGAGUAACCACUUUAUCUGCACCCCUAGUAAAAACCAUGUGUUCUUUAUUUUUUAAUUAUGUACAAAUUUGUCUCCCUAAUAUACUUCUUUGAAAUGGAUAUAAUGAACUUUCAUAAAAGCCCUGUAUGAGGACACUUUUCACUUAUGUCCACUUUUCAUUUUAUGCAUGUCCAAGUCAUGUAACCUGAGUAACCGACACAUUUCAAGGAUUUGCAAGGAGCAUAAUGAAAUUUCCCAAGUUUUGUUUUUAUACAAAGGAUAGUCAGACUGCGUACUAUGUUGUGAUAAAGAGAUGUUUAGUUCCUAUCAAUAAUAAUGGAGUUACAGCUCCAAGUAUGAGUCAAGGUGUCUCCAAAUGUAACGUGGGUAACCGUGGAAUAGCCCCUUAAUAUUCUAUUGCCUUUCUGUAAUUACACUACAGCGCGAUAUAUUCAAUAAUUGCUUGCUAUUUGAUAGCAUUGUCAUAAAUGGCACUUCACCGAAUUGCAAGCAACCAAAAGACUGACAAUGGAGAGGUCCUCUCCGAGGGACCUGGUAGUGAGGAUUAAUGCCAUACCAAAGGGCACUGGUUCACUAAGUGGGAAUCAAACCCGGAUCGGGGAAUACGAAACCUUUGCUCUACGGACUGAGCUAUUGCGCCUCCACUAUCGUGAAAGUAAAUGAUCCUAUUAUUUCAUUGUGAAAUAAAUGAUGCCCUCUUUAAGUAAUUUGUACCCCACCCUCCCCUAUCAAAAUAACCUGGUGGUAUGUUUUUUAAUGAUUUAAAUGUGUACAAUUUAUUUGUAUUUUACAUUGCAUGUCUGGAAAGAUAACUUUAUGUAAAUCAUGCAUUUAUAUAUAUUCUACAUGUUUUUAUGUGUUGAGACAGGUGUGUACUAUUUUAUACUCAAAACGAUUUAUGUGCCAUACCAAACAAAUAGAUAUAUAUUAUGAUAAAUGUUAUACUUAAUCAUUCAAAUAAAUAUGCUUUAACAAUUGGA